CAUUUAAAUUUUAGAAACCUCUUUACACCCUAAAAUUCAGUGGAAACUUUAUUUAAUCAUGGAAAUUUGAGGAAAUUGACUUUUCGUUAUUGAUUUCCGUCUUCUAAGUGCUUUUCCUGUGCGGGCGUAGGAAUCUCGUGCUAUAUAAGAGGGCCCGGCAAAGCGCCGGAUCCUCUUUUGGGCCUUCCUUUCCAAGAUGACGAAAAAAAGAAGGAACAACGGUCGUGCUAAAAAGGGCCGCGGUCAUGUGCAGCCUAUUCGCUGCACAAACUGCGCCCGGUGCGUACCCAAGGAUAAGGCCAUUAAGAAGUUCGUUAUUCGAAACAUUGUAGAGGCCGCCGCCGUCAGGGACAUUUCCGAAGCGAGUGUCUUCGAUGGUUAUGUCCUUCCCAAGCUAUAUGUGAAGCUGCAUUACUGUGUGAGUUGUGCCAUUCACAGCAAAGUGGUCAGAAAUCGAUCUCGGGAAGCCCGGAAGGACCGAACACCUCCACCCCGAUUUAGGCCUGCAGGUGCCGCCCCACGACCUCCACCAAAGCCCAUGUAAGGAACUGGGUCUUAAUGAAUUGAAGAAAACUGUCUUGGGAAAGAAAUAAAGUGGAUGUUAUACUAUA